CGUAACGGUCUGGAUUAACUCGUCGGAAACAUAAUCGUAAUUCGUGUGACGUCGACGAACGAAAUCGACAAGUUUCGGAAGCUUCAACGUACAAUAAAUUAACGAUCAAAGAGAGAAGAAAUUCGCGAAAUGGCACUGACGAUAGCUCUACCGUUGUCCGGCCUGGAGGCCGAACACUUUUGCGCGAUGGGAACGAGAAUUCUAUACGAGCAAGGUUUGAGAACAUUGACUGGUUGCGGACCGAUUUCACCGAGCACCGGCAGCGAAUCGAGUGGAGUCAGCAGCCUUGUACCUUCUAUCGAGUCGACGACACCGGAACAAACGCCGGCUUCUUCCAGGCCGGACACACCAGCCGAGGAGGCUCCGAAAAAACAGGACAAGUCGAAUCCGCCGUUUCGCAUUUACUAUAAAGAACGGGACAUACUGAAUUUGGGCGCGAACAUCAGAGAGCCGUUCUGGCAAAUGAGGAUUCCAAUGAUGCCCCGAUACGAUUUCAAAAGCUUCAUGGAGAACCGAUCGGUGUACUACCGCCUAGGCGAGUACGGACUGACAGAGGAAUACCCGACGAGAAGCUGCAAGGACUGCGGCUUCAGCGAACCCUCGCCGUAUCUGUUUUAACGACACCGACCCGCGAAAGCAUCGCCGACAACAUGGACGACGUCGCGGAUAACGAACUGUGAUAGACACCAGAAAGCGGCAGCCGGCUCGUGAAAGAAAUCAAAAGUCCACGGAAUGAAACCGAGAUCGUCAACGACGAAAGACGCGUUCCUCGAAGAAACGUGACAACGAUCCCGCACGCGAAUGUUCCCGGAUCCGUACUAAUUUAUAAACGAACGAAACGAGAAGAAAAAACAAUCAAACAGACUGUACAUAGGCUGGCGUUCGAAGCGUGAUACGACGAAUUUGGUACGCAAGAUUGUAUAUUUUUUUUUUUUUUUGUCGGCGCACCGGUAUCACGCUGACUGGAUAUGAUUGAUUGUCGGACACAAUCGACACGAAUUCCAAUAAAAAAAAAUUGCUCGAUUUCGCGAUUCCCUCAUGAUGCGCCGGUUUUGUUCGAUAUAUUAAUCGUCGCGCGGGCAAUUGUGGCGAUUUACGUUCCGUUAGCCUCGUGUAUCUGACAAUUGAUAUUCGUUGUCGAUUAUCGGAUGGCCGGUUACGGGCUGCGAUCGUCGCUGUUCUUACACACACUCACGUUUUCCUUUCUUUUUUUAUAUACAUAUAUGGUAAUCGUCGAAGGAUAAGAGCUACUUUGCUAUGCAACCCGUGCAUACGUAGCGAAUCGCUCGAUUCUAUCUGUUUUCCGUGUAUUAUUCCGUUGUCAACACUAUAUUUUUACGAGCGCUCUCUCUUUCGUCGAACGAUUCGAAGAGAUAUUUUUCGAGAUAGUAGUUUCACAAAACGUAAGGGACCGAUUUCGUUAGCGCCUAUACGUUGCAAAACGAUUUACUUUUCUAUACGAGAGGAUGAACCAAAUGAUAUAUAUAUAUCUUUAACAAUCUUCGUCUGAACGUGUUCACGCAUGCUGGAAGUUCUAGAAUGAUUUUAGGAAGAUGUUUACAGACGAACGAAUCGCUCGACGGGAGAUACCCGCGUUCCCGUUUUACGAGCUACGAAAUCGUCGCGGGCGGAGCUCAUCCGAACCGUCGAUAACGAUCCAUUAAUCGACGUCAACCGCGAUAAUUCCAGCCCGUGAGGUCCUCCUAUUUCCUUUUUUUUUAUUUUUUAAAACCCCGCGGAGUCGAAUUAUUAACGGGGAGGGGAUGGGAGGACGUUCCAUUAAAUACGCUCGCUCUUUGUGCGCGACGAUGUAGCAACCUAUUAUAAUAUUACGAAGAAUCGACCAGUGCGUUAUAAUUGUAAUUGGCUUAUACAUUUUCACGAUAAAUGUAACGCGCGCAGCUCGCGGAGUAUUGUAAUAAUCGUACCAAAGCCAUUUCGCCAGAGUCUUUACUGACCAUUGUUUAUAAGCUGGUAAUAAACAAUAUUUUACAACGA